GUUUGAAAAACCUUCGUGGGUUUUUCUGUGUCGGUGGUGGGAAUAUGGCUUGCAAGAGAAUGGUCAUAUCAGUGAACUUGGAUCCAGAGAGAAAGAGGAGUGGUGGUCUUAGAACUAAACAGGCUGGGAGAGGAUCCUGUCGUGGAAGUUAGACUGUCAAAAAAUGUGCAGUCUUUGGCACUGACCAGUCACAAAACAGU